UUUCUCCUCUCUCUCUCUCUCUCUCUCUCUCUCUCUCUCUUCCACUGAAGCAUAGAGCAUAUGCUUGCAAUGGAUUCCCCUGUCCCUUCGAGAAUUCUCUCCUCAAUCCUUUGAUCAAACAAAUUCAGACAGAGAAGAGACGAGAGACAAAAGAAGAAGAAAUGGCUUCAGCAACAGCAAGACUGGCCUUCCCUUUCCACCACCUCCACAGCCUCCACUCCUCCAAGCCCACCAAAACCAGCCUUCCUCUUCCCUGCCUCACUUCCAAGGUUUCCGCCUACCCCAUUAAACCUUCGCCACACCUACACUUUGCCGUGUCCUCCGUCGAUGUCUCGAAGGAGGACAAGCCCCUCUCCUCCCAACCAGACGACACCAGCAGCUCCCCUGAGCCGUCACCCCCAGAAGACGAGAAGAAGCUCGACCCUCGCCGCCUCGAGGAGCGCUUCGCGGUCCUCAACACCGGCAUCUACGAGUGCCGCUCUUGCGGGUACCGCUACGACGAGGCCGCCGGCGAUCCGUCGUACCCGAUCCCGCCGGGGUUCCAGUUCGAGAAGCUCCCCGACGACUGGCGCUGCCCCACCUGCGGAGCCGCCAAGUCCUUCUUCGAGAGCAAGAGCGUGGAGAUCGCCGGGUUCGCGCAGAACCAGCAGUUCGGGCUAGGAGGCAACUCCCUUACCUCGGGGCAGAAGGCGUUGCUGAUAUAUGGCGGCCUCUUACUGGGCUUUCUCUUCUUCAUUUCGGGUUACUUCCUGCAGUGACAAAGUUAUCCGAUACAUUUGCCUUCAUGUAAUCUAUUCUUUAGCUUCCCUAAAUGCUGAGUGAAAAUUAAUGCAUGUGGAUGACAAUUAUGCCUUGUUUUAUAUAUUGGCAAAACGUACUCAAUAAGACGAUGAAGAAAAUUAAGUGUUA